AACAAUGCAGGACCACCUUUCAAGCACAGCGGGCAUCUUGACCACUCACUUUUUGACAACCCAGCCAACUCCGAAUUUUUCAUAUUGCUCUGCCAAUGCCACGAUUUGCAAUGGCACGUCCUGUGCGCUGCCCACUGACAAUUACAACAGAGUUUUGAGCACCAUUUUAAGCACCGUCCUAACAAUCCUGUUGGCAAUGGUGAUGUUCUCCAUGGGCUGCAACGUGGAGCUGAAGAAAUUUCUAGGACACAUUAGAAGGCCAUGGGGCAUAGCCAUAGGCUUCCUCUGCCAGUUUGGAAUUAUGCCUCUGACUGGUUUUGUGCUGUCGUAUGCCUUCAAAAUACUUCCUAUACAAGCUGUUGUGGUGAUCAUCAUGGGGUGCUGUCCUGGUGGAACAUCUUCCAAUAUUUUAGCCUACUGGGUAGACGGUGACAUGGACCUAAGCAUCAGUAUGACAACAUGUUCGACUUUGCUGGCCAUGGGAAUGAUGCCACUUUGCCUCUUCCUUUAUACCAAAAUCUGGACAGACUACAGCUCCCUUUUAAUCCCCUACGACAGUAUCGGCAUUUCACUGGUAGCACUUGUCAUUCCCGCUUCGCUCGGAAUAUUUUUUAAGCAUCGAUGGCCCACAAAAGCUAAAAUCGUACUCAGGAUUGGUUCCAUUGGUGGUGCAGUUCUCAUAGUGCUCAUAGCUGUGGUUGGAGGGAUAUUGUACCAGGGCUCCUGGACCAUCACUCCUGCACUCUGGAUUAUCGGAGCCAUCUUCCCAUUCGCUGGCUAUUCGAUGGGGUUUUUUCUGGCUCGCAUAGCUGGCCAGUCCUGGCACAGGUGUCGUACUGUAGCUCUGGAAACGGGGAUGCAGAAUACUCAGCUCGCUUCCACCAUAGUACAGCUCUCAUUCAGCCCAGAACAAUUGGAGUUGAUGUUUACUUUCCCACUCAUCUACAGCAUUUUCCAGCUAUUACUUGCAGCAAUGUUUUUGGGAGUCUACCAGGUGCACAAAAGGUAUUUUGCUGAUCGAGACUCGACCGACGAGGAGAACGAACCUGAAUCAACUCAGGAGCCAACACACAAUAUGAUGAAUGGAGGAUUUACUUUGGAGGUGGGAGAAGAAGGAGAGAAGCACGUGUCAGCGACUCCCAAUGGAAGAGUAUAGCCUUGAGCAGGCUGGCUGAAGGCAGACUUGGAGAGAUGCAUUGGACUGUGGGGAACAAGUCCCUCUUGAGAUGACCAUGCUGUAUGGUCUGUACUCUCUCCAUGAGGAGUAAAAGUGUAAAUAUGUGAAUAGACCAUAUUUCUUAAAGCUACAACAGUUCCACUACAUCUUCAAUUCUCCAAAGGAGCACAGACCCUGGAUGGGGACCAAGACAUCUGGAAUUCCAUGCACGGCUGGGCAGGGAUUAGGGUGUCCAAUAACACUAUUUAGGAAUGAAUGAAUGGCUAAAUAAAUAAAUAAAACCAUUAAAUAAGUGGCUAACUAUUUAAUGCUCUCCUAUGGCUGUAGAUUAUAAAUAUCAUUAAAUCUAAAAUCAGUUGGUUGGAGCAUCAUGCUGAUAAUGCCAAGGUUGCAGGUUUGAUCCCCAUAUGGGGCAGCUGCAUAGUCAUGUACUGCAGGGAACAGGACUAGCUGAUCCUCAGGGUCCCUUCCGACUCCGCAAUUUAUGGCUUGGCUAUCAUUAAUCACCACAUAAUGAUCUCUGUCAAAGGGUUGUCGACAGAAAAUGUUCAGUCCACCAUCUCCUCCCUGGAAGUCCCAAGCAAUGAGAGAUUCAUAGGGAGUAAGAAGUUAUUAAGACCUUUCGUGCGCACACCUACAAAGUAGUCUGGCCAGCGUGAACAUUGUUCAUGCAUGUGCAGAAUCUUGGAGUUGUACACUCCAAGCCACAGAAGAACUGGGAAAUGAGGCUUGAAGCAGCUGAUCAUUACA